AUAGUGGAGCGACCAAGCACGCAAUUACGUUUAUGCAUUAUAUAUAUGAUCUCCAUCCUUGCAGCUCUAAGCUCAUCGAUCACUCAAUACCUCAUUGUGUGGAACUACAAUCACAAUGGCGAAGUGUGCAUGCUCAAUCUUUUUCAUCUCAGUGCUUUUCCAAAUCAUCCUUUCUGUGUUGGCCCAAAAGAGCGUGCCAAUGUAUGUCCUGCGUCAUUCAUAUGGAAGGACGAAGAGCUUAACAAGGACUGCUCUGCGAGAGAAUUAGAAAAUUCAAGCUUGAGGAUCACCCACAUUCAAGGAAAAUGUUCCCCAUUCCGGCUCCCCAAUACAACAUGGUGGAGUGCGAUAAUGGAGUCCAUCAAAGGCGAUGAACAUCGCUACCGAGCAAUAAUGAAAAGAAGCAAAACCCCUAUUAGUCCACAAGAAGACGUGGAUGUACCGUUAACGCCCCGCUGGAAGGAUGGUGGAAAUUACAUUGUGAAGCUGGGUUUUGGCAAGCCCAUUCAAAACUUCUACUUGGAAGUGGACACCGGAAGUGACGUCACCUGGAUACCCUGUGUUUCCUGCUCUUCUUGCUUAACUCGCCGUUUCCGCCCAUCAAAAUCUUCAGCCUACAAAUACCUCACCUGCGCAUCAAAGCUUUGUCAAGAUCUGGGUCUCUGUGGAAAUGAUAAAAGUAUUAACUGCACCGCUACACAGACAUACGGGGAUCAAACAGAGGUUGGUAUGUUGAUGUCAACCGAGACUCUCUCUGUGAGCUCGCAGUACGUGAAGGAGUUUGUUUUUGGAUGCGCAUAUUCUGUCAAGGAACCCUUUGUCCAGACCACGCUCGGUUUAGUUGGCUUUGGGAGAGGUUCUCUUAGCUUUGUUUCAGAGACGGCUGCUUUAUAUGGCAGAACGUUCUCUUAUUGCCUUCCUAGCGUUGGGUCCUCUGCAUUCACUGGGUCUCUCAGACUGGGGAAAGCCGCUCUUUCUGUUCCGGGCUUAAAGUUCACUCCCCUCUUGUCAAAUGCCCAAUUUCCUUCUUACUAUUUUCUAGGGCUCACUGGAAUCUCUGUGGGAAAAGAGCUUGUUUCUAUUCCUACUGGAACGCGGAAAGGGACCAUCAUUAACUCGGGUACUGUUAUUAGUCGGCUCGUGAAGCCCGCUUACAGUGCCAUGCGAGAUUCUUUCCGCCGUCAAAUGUCUAAUCUCACUCUGGCUCGGCCCUCAGAGCCUUUCGAUACGUGCUAUAAGGUUCCUAAAAAAGCUGUGAAGUUUCCUGUGAUUACAUUGCAUUUUGGCCAUAGUUUGAACUGGACUCUGCCUAUGGAGAACACUUUGUUCCCUGCAAAUGCUAGGGGUUCGGUCUUGUGCUUGGCUUUUGCUCUUUCUCCCGAUGGGGGAGACUCGAACAUGGUUUCCAUAAUUGGGAAUUACCAGCAGCAGAACUUCCGCGUAGUGUAUGAUGUGCCAGGCUCAAGGCUUGGUAUUACUCCAGAAAUUUGUGAUGCUUAGUGCUUGGUGGUUGGUAUGUUUUAGUAUAUGAGUCUUUUAAGAAAAGCAUCUUAAUGUAAUUUUGGUAUUGCUUCAAAGAAUUGUGAUGCUUACUGCUUGGUUGUUUAUAUGUUUUAGUAUGUGAGUCUUUGAUAAAAGCAUGUUCAUGUGUUUGUUUUAGUAUGUGUGUCUUUGAUAAAAGCAUCUUGAUGUAACUUUGGUAAUGUUUCUGAGAAUCGCAAUGUUUAGUGCUUGGUUGUUUGUAUGUUUUAGUAUGUGAGUCUUUAAUAAAAGCGUCUUGAUGUAACUUUGUUAUUGCUCCAGAGAAUUGUGAUGCUUAGUGCUUGGUUGCUUGUAUGUUUUAGUAUGUGUCUUCGAUACAAGCAUCUUGAUGUAACUUUGGUAUUGCUCCAGAGAAUUGUGAUGCUUAAUGCUUGGUUGCUUGUAUGUUCUAGUAUGCGACUCUUCAAUGAAAACAUCUUGAUGUAAUUUUGGUAUUA